AUGGCUCUGGAACUACGGACUCAUAUAUGUUAUGCGCUGACAGCACGGCGAGGCUUCCAAGAGUGCAAGCUGGUGGUCAGAGCCGGAAAGGUCGGUGACCGACGUGGGACUGCAGGUAUUCUCGAUCCUCCACACGAGCCAUGUCUGUCGCAGUAUGAAGCAGCCAUUCAGAAGCUACCGAGAACUAUCCUCUACCCCAAUACCGCGAUCGUCCUCGAUAUUCCAAUCGUUCGGAGCCCGCGGAAAGCGAGACGGAAAGCGAGACGGUACCUCCAGGGUAGCUAG